GUUUGUCAAGAUGGCGGCUGGAAUGUAUCUAGAGCACUAUCUGGACAGCAUAGAGAAUCUUCCCUUUGAACUGCAGAGGAACUUCCAACUGAUGCGAGAUCUGGACCAGAGGACAGAGGAUCUGAAAGGGCAGAUUGAUUCUCUGGCUCGUGAAUACACGGCUAAUGCUCGGACACUGUCCUCUGAACAGAAGCUCUCGCUGUUAAGACAAAUCCAGCAGUCUUAUGGGAAGUGUAAAGAGUUUGGAGAUGACAAGGUCCAACUCGCCAUGCAAACUUAUGAAAUGGUGGAUAAGCAUAUUCGGAGGUUGGAUACAGACCUGGCUCGCUUCGAGGCCGACCUCAAGGAGAAACAGAUAGAGAGUACCGAUUAUGACUCUACAUCCAGCAAGGGCAACAAGAGUGACCAGCGAGUGCCCAAGAAGAAGGAGGUGGCUCGCACAAGGUCAAAGGUCAAAAACUCAGAUGAUGACUGCAGCUCAAAGAGCGGACAGAAGAAGGUCAAACUCACGCAAAGUUCUGAGUUUUCUUCGCCGGCUGUGAACUUUGGAAACGUGCACCCCUCGGAUGUGCUGGACAUGCCAGUCGAUCCCAACGAACCCACCUAUUGCCUCUGCCACCAGGUCUCAUAUGGGGAGAUGAUUGGCUGUGACAAUACAGAUUGCUCGAUUGAGUGGUUCCACUUUGCCUGUGUGGGACUGACCACCAAGCCCAGGGGGAAAUGGUAUUGCCCAAGAUGUUCACAGGAGCGAAAGAAAAAAUGAACAUGCAAUUUAAAAACAAUGAUUCACAGAGAGGGAGUUAGCGGGAGUGUGUGUUAAACGUGUUUUAAAGGCCCUCCAUAGACACUAAUAUAGAUCCACUCUCCACUUAAUCUGGUGCUUGUCCUCCUUUCUUCCAUCUUCACAUCCCUCUUUCAGUCUGAUAAAAAAGAAGGGAUGAUGGGUGAAGAUGAAGGAGGUGUAGUUAUAACAGUAGCUUUAUUUAUGUGUUCAGUAAUGAAGAUUACUUUUGUUAUUGAGUAUUUUUAUUUUGUUUUGGUUCUGCGUUUUUAUAUUCUUAUAUUUUCAGUUUGUUUAUUUGGUUCUUUAUUAUGCAUUAUUAUUAUUCUGUAAGUCAGCACAUAAACUCAGUAGUCAAAUCAAUCAGGGAACAUAUCAGGAUUUUUAAUACUUACUUACAGUUCUCAUUUACAGUUGUAAUUCCAGGUGGUCUCAGACUGGAUAUUUGCAAACAAUAUCCCUCUCAGAGGAUAAUCUGCGACAGUUUCUAAUUUAUCUCAGUUUUCGCAUUUACAAGACAAAAAAACAAGUCUCAGUUCAGCAGAUUGAUAAAGCCUCCCCUAACCCGAUCCCUUACUUAACUACUUUUCUCAUUUCAAUAUUCAUAAAAGGGCAGUAGCUACAUCAAUGUACCUGAACAGACUUUUGUUUUGAUAAACCAGCAUUAACAGGACAUAGCUGCUCACUAGGAACUGCUGAUCUGAAACUGCAUUAAAGCUAGGGUGUGUAAUCCAGAGAGGCUAGCAGUUAGCAAGCUAGCUUUGAAAGCAUAGAGCCCGCCCUCGCUUCAGAGGUGUCUCCAAAGCCACGCCUCCUCUAUCACACAUGAACACACAGAGCAGAGUUCAUUCUGCUUUUAGCACGCUCUUGAUCCAGAUGUUUUUUCAUUGUAGAAGUUUCUAACAUGGUCUUUCUUUUCUUGUUUCCUUUUACUGGUGGUUAAGGAGGAACAUAAGGUAGCUGCGGUUCGCCUUCCAUUCUCGCACUCGCUCUGCACAGCGUCAAGGAACCCGCGCUGAUGACAUGUGAUUGUCUGCGCGAACAAGUUGCGCGGCAGUAUACAAAUAUAGAUUGACAGACAGGAAGGACAUCCUAUCAUUACAUUCGGACCAAAUGCAAUGUUUGGUCGAUCAUUUUUUUUAGUCCUGUUCCUUCCACAGAAGAUAUAUAUCUAUUUAUUUACAUUUAGACCACUUAAAUUAUUGAUUGCUAUCAGGAUGUGAAGAGACUUUCAACCAGUAUAACAAAAAAUGUUUCUGGAAAAGAUUGCACACCCUAGCUUUAAGCUUGACAUUGACACAGUACAGAGCCCUUUUAGUUCUGCUACCUUUGACUUAUGCACAUUCAAAAAUAUUGUAUAGAAACAAUGCACUUGAAGACCACCUCUUCACUUCAGGUUCAUUCCACAACUGUAGUUUUCAAUGCAAACAUGUUUUGGUGCUUAUCACACACUACUUUGAUCACAUUGAAUAGGUCGCAUUCCACUCUACUCUGAUAGACUGUCGAAAAGCAUUAAGACAGCAUUUACCUCAGUUGUUUUAAUCAAACUGACGCCCAGUCAUUAAUGCAUUUAGCGCUUUUCAUUGUAACCUCUGAACAGAAUUGUUCUUUAUGACUGGGUUUUGGUGCUUUUGAAUAUAUUAACUGUAAAGUGUUUGACAUGGUUACAUGUGUUGACAUUGUUAAAGCAGUAUGAGACAUUUUGAAAGAUUUCAGAAUCGAAUAUGGUGAUAUCAACCUGUUUUUAAAGGUGCACACAGUAAUUUGUUUCCUAAUUUAAAAACAAAAAUGUUUUACUCCUAAAGAAAUUAAUUGUAAUUCUGAAACAUAUGUAUGAAAUCAUGACCAUUCACAUAAGAAGAUUCCAGUCAUAUCAGUAAUCUUAUAAAAGCUGUUUUUUUGUUUUCAAAUAGAGAGGGCCCCCUCAUGGGGGCUGACAUGUUAAAAUUACAUGACUAGUCGAAUACUGCUCGCUUAAUCUCAGUAAUUGCCCUGUUUUUGGACACUUUCACUCUUGGAUUAAAAUAAUCAUGGCUGACUGUGAAUAGUGAAUUUCUGCAAUGGCAUCUGUAACUGAAAACUUGAUUUCGAAUGAUGCUGCAUCCAUGCCGCUAGGUGUCACUGUAAGUCCAAGAUGACAGAAAAAAAAGGUUUUAGAUUUUAAGGCUUUAAGAUUUGGUGGUCAGACUAUGCUGUUAACAUUUUUUUCAUAACCUGGUGCUACGCAGUGCUUCUUACUGGUUAGUUUUAAACGAUAAUAUUGUCUGGUCUAUGAUGAAGGCUUUGUGUCACGUGUUCUUUGCUAUUGUCAUGUAACAUUGUGAUUUGAUUUGUCCAGAUAUUCUAAAGUACUGUACUAAUGUCAGAUUUUGGGUUUGGUGACUUCCAUGCUGAAUGAACAAAGCCUUACGUCUGAAAGCA